AUGUUUCGAAUAGAGGAGUUGCUUCGGGUGACUUUCGUUAUUCAUUCGGAAUACUAUCGAUCGAAGUUGCUGAUGUUUGAUGGUAGUUUCACUCCUUUGAUUGGCAUGAUCAAUUAUGUCAUUUUUGGUGAUUCUGUCCUCAGAAAAACGCACACUCAUAUGUGUCUUUUUCUUUCACUUUCCUUUUAUUUUGCCCUUUCUCUCUUUCACGCUCUCCCUUACUUUCCUUUAUUCUUUCUUUCUCACGUUCUCGUUUUCUCUCUCCUACACUCCCCUCUCUCUUUCUCUCUUCCUUUCUGUCUUUCUUUCUCUCCCUCUCUCUUCAUUUCACUCUUCAUUUCCUUUUCCGUUUCUCUCUCUUUCUCUCUCUCCCUUUCUCUCUCUUCUCCCUCUUUUUAUCCCCUUUUCUCUCUCCUUUUCUUCCCACACUUCUCACUGUUUUUCUCUCCCACUUUCUCUCUCAUUUUUGUCUCUCUCCUUCACUUCUCACUGUCUUUCUCUCUCCCUUUCUCUUUCCCUUUUCUGUUUCUCUCUCUCCCCCUCUCUCUUUAUCUCUCUCCUUUUCUCUUUCUCUCCUCUCCCUCUCUUUUUCUCUCUCUCUCUUUCUCACUCUUUUUCUCUAUCUCUCGCCUACACUUCUCUUCCUUUCCCUCUCUCAUUCUCUCUCUCCUACACUUAUCUCUAUUUCCUUUUCCCUCCUCUCUCUUUUUCUCUCUAUAUUUUAUUUUUAAUGCUUUACCUCAGAACUUUACAAUCGCAUCUUUCUUCUUUUAUCUCUCUCACAUAACCAGUCAAUCACUGAGUGUGAAAACGGUUUUGUGUAAAGCACAGUGGGAAAGCAAGGAGUUUGACACGCUUUCCUUAAUAAACAUCAGUCACAAAGUUCAGAAGGACUCCAAGGAAAAUAAGCUUUUCUUUCUUUCUUUUUCAUUAUUUCUCUUCUUUCUAUUUUCAUUCUUUUUCGCUUUCUUUUUUUGUUCUUUCAUGUAUUCUGAUUUUUAUUCCUUUUUCUCAUAUUCUUUUUUUUCUUCCUCAUUUCAACUUCGUUUGGUCUUAUUUCCUUUCUUGCGUGUUUUUCUUUUCUUCUUACAUUACCUUUCUUAUUAA